ACUGAUAAGCAUGAGGUUGAAACAUUUCACGUGUACGUGCAAUUAAAUAAACUUUAUCUACCAGCUCCUGGGUUACUAUUUUAUCUUCUAACCAUUUGUGAAUCAUUGAUCAAUGGAAACAUUGCUGCAUUUUCUCAAUCCAUUCCUCUUUCAUCUGGUCGCUUUGAAACAUGUUUGUGAAAGAAAUCAUCGACGCGUUCAACGUCUUUGAUACCAACAAAGACGGCAGGAUCUCCUUGACCGAAUUUCGAAAUGUUAUCGCUGAGUGGGAAGCAGAUCCUGACCACAAGCAUGGCAAAGGAUUCAACAUCAAGUCUGAGCUCGAGGCCGUUCUCAAAAAGUGCACUACAGAUCCAUCUGGAUCUAUUGAUUUGAACGAGUUCCGCAAUCUCUGGGAGUAUUUAAGAGCCCAGAUUGAAGACGAAGAAAUUCAAGAGAUUCUCGACGAGUUCCGACGCUACGACAAAGACAACGAUGGUUCAAUCACCCGCUCUGAAAUGGAGGCAACCAUUCAAGCAUGCUCAAGUAUUAGAGGAGCAAAGAGCGAGGAGGCUCGUAAAUGCCUCAAUGAGUUGGAUAUGGACGGCAAUGGCAGAAUUAGCUUUCCUGAGUUUCUGAUCGCCUACAAGUUCAAAGCAUAAAAUGGGACACUUACGAGGAAGACAUUAAUAUCAUCAUGUAUUGAUAUGAUUUCCAAUAGAAGCGUUGCCGUAGGCAUGAAUAAAAGUGAAUUUAACCAGGUUAGAA